CACAGUAGCACAUGAAUGUUUGCCUUGGGAAUCCGUGCCUCAGAAUGUAUUAAAAAUAGGCGCGUUCCUUCCUACAAGAAGUUGAAGAACAACAUUGCCUGCAACCACAACCAGUGCCUCAUUUACCUAGCCAAUAAGUCACUGUUUGUUGACACAAAGUAAGUCAUUGAAGCCACCGGGCUGAAAGCUGGACUGUCCUUUAUCUCAGCAGAUCAACUGAACGCCGUUUUGUUGCAAUCACUACCUCCUGAGACGUUGGUACAUUACAACAACCGCUGAGCUGCUAACUUUGUGAUUCACCAUGUCACUGGCUGUGGACCCGGACGGGACCGUCACGGAAACUUCCCCGCUUGCACCGGGCGAGAAUAAUGGAUCGCCCGGCGGUGUCACCAUGGACGGCCCCGCCACCAAGACGGCGUCCAAGGCCGAUGAAGCCGAGCUGAACCGCGUGGCCGCACCGCCAGUAGAGGACGAUCUACCGGAGAGAGAAACCUGGAUCGGCAAGCUCGACUUCAUUCUCGCGCUCGUCGGCUUCUCCGUGGGACUGGGGAACGUCUGGCGCUUCCCGUACCUCUGUUACAAAAAUGGUGGCGGCGCCUUUCUCAUCCCGUACUUCAUCUUCCUGUUGGGGGCAGGCAUUCCCACGUUCUUCCUGGAGAUCGCCCUGGGCCAGUUCAUGAGCCUCGGCGGACUGAAGGCCUGGAACCUCUGUCCGCUCUUCUCAGGAAUCGGAAUGGCGUCCAUGGUGAUUGUGAGCUUCCUGAACAUGUACUACGUGAUGGUGAUGGGCUGGGCUCUGCACUACUUCUUCGCCUCCUUCACGUCCGAGCUGCCCUGGGCCACGUGCGGCAACUGGUGGAACACAGACAGAUGCAUUGCGUCAGAUGAGGAGAUAAAGAAGGCGGAGAACAGCACGAUGAAUAGCACGCUCCUCAACGUUACCAUGACAACUGUGGCUCCCAACGCCACCAAUGAGAACGCAACUCGGAUUGCCGCAUCCCUGGAAUACUGGAACAACCGUGUACUGCAGAUCUCUGGUGGCCUGGACCAGCCUGGCUCCAUGCAGUGGGAGCUGAUCCUGUGUCUGCUGCUGGCCUGGAUCAUCGUGUACUUCUGCAUCUUCAAGGGAGUCAAGAGCACUGGCAGGGUUGUGUACUUCACGGCGCUGUUUCCGUACGUGGUGCUGUUUAUCCUACUGAUCCGGGGGGUGACGCUGCAGGGAGCCGACAUCGGCCUGGAGUUCUACCUGAAACCCAACAUAACCAGGCUCGGAGACCCACAGGUGUGGAUGGAUGCAGGAACUCAGGUGUUCUUUUCCUACUCCAUCGGUUUGGGAUCUCUCAUCGCCCUGGGCAGCUACAACAAGUUCAACAACAAUUGCCACAGGGAUGCCAUAGUGUUCGCCUUUGUGAACACUGGCACCAGCCUACUGUCGGGCAUUGUGAUAUUCAGCGUCCUGGGCCACAUGGCCAUGCAGCAGGGUGUAUCAGUGGGCGAGGUUGCAGAAUCAGGUCCUGGCCUGGUGUUCAUCGUGUACCCCAAGGCCGUGACCCUGAUGCCCCUGUCUCCCCUCUGGGCGAUCCUCUUCUUCUUCAUGGUGCUGCUGCUGGGGUUGGACAGUGAGUUUUGCGGGGUGGAGGGUUUUGUGACGUCGUGCCAGGACAUGUAUCCGCACAUCCUCAGGCGUGGGCACAACAGAGAGAUCUUCAUCGCUGUGGUUUGCUUCGUGAAGUUUCUCAUUGGACUCGCUUUCUGUACCCAGGGUGGGAUGUACGUCUUCCAACUGUUUGACAACUACUCGGCCAGUGGAAUGACCUUGCUGUGGGUGACCUUCUUCCAGGCCAUCUGUAUUGGGUGGUUCUACGGACUGGGCGAUCGUGUCGGCUGGAACUUUGGCAGCACAAAGUUCUACUGGGACAUCAAAAGCAUGGUCGGCUUCCGGCCCAUCAUCUGGAUCAAGAUCUGCUGGAUGGUGGUGACACCCAUCAUGACAAUGGGUAUCUUCAUCUUCUCUCUGGUGAAGUACCAGAGGCCGACGUACAACAAGACGUACACGUACCCGCCGUGGGGCGAGGCGAUUGGCUGGCUGAUGGCGCUGGCUUCCAUGGUGAUGAUUCCCAUAGGAUUCGUCUACAACAUCCUGACAACAAAAGGGACCUUUUCUGAGAGAAUACACACCCUUCUGACUCCCAUCUACACGAAGCGGAAAGAAGAGAAUGGUGCAGUUGGAGAGGAGGCCAAUGCUAUCGCCAUGGUGGAUGGACCGAAAACAGACCACGACAAACAGGGCAACAUGCUGUGACCGUGAAAACCUGUCUUUUCAUUGACCUGGCAAACCCUACCAUCCCAAGGCUUUUGGAGGGUCUGCAUGAGGGGUUCUGAUAAUGUUUUAUGCUGUAUUCUGAAGAACCCCCUAAAAGUAUUAUGCUAAUAUCGAGGAAGGCUGUUAUGCAAAAUUUUGGUCGUCUCGCUACGAAUUGCGUGAAAAAUAAUGGGCUUUCUCACAUAUUAUGGAAAAUCAAAAUAUGGGCAUAUGGGCUCUCCUUUUGUUUUGUUUGCUGGCUUACAGUCAACCUAUAAAGUUUAAAGGGCUUGCUCAAAUCAUUUAGUCUUUUCCAGGAUGUUAAAUCUUUCCUUAUUUGGCCAUAUUUUUCAUACAUGCCAAUGAAACUACAUGUAUGACAUAAAUAUUAUGUGUGCUUUUGCUACAGAGCAGAACCAAUCAUUUUUAGGCCCAUACUUUCAGAUGGUAAGACUAUACUUGUCAGGCCCAUGCCAUAGUCUCAUUUUUUGCCUGGGGAUGCAAUAAAUGACAUGAUGAUGUACUGACACUCUGUCAGUAUGAAGCUCACACAAUUUCAACAUCGUCUUGAAUAAACACACAUCAAAAGGAUUUCUGUGUUUAUUCUACUAUCAUGAAGAUGUAGAUGAAGUGUAUUUUUCUGUGGACUUGUUGUAAGGGAUAUUGUGAAACUUGAUGUUAUGGUACAGACUUGUGCAGACUGUACUAGACUUGCCAUAGGUGUUGUUUUGUGGGGUAAGCAUUUACUGUUAGUAUGAUGAAUUUCUUUUUCAAGAAAAUGCUGGAGUGUAUCAUUCUUUUGCCUUUUUCAUGAUGAUGUAGCCUCAGGUUUUAACAUUUUGGCUGAUGGCACACAUAAGUAUCCCUAUGUAAUGUAGAGGAAGGGGUAUGGCAUUUCUGUACAGUUCAAGAAUGUUUAUGCUUGAGAAAACAAGCAAGAGCUGUGGAUAUUUUGGAUGUAGGUAGCCAGUCCUCUGAACACUGGGCGGCUGGUAAUGGUUUCCUAAGGCUUAGAUCAAGUCCAAAGCCUUAGAAAUCUGCCAUCCAUCCAGGUCUGUGCAGUAAGAUGUAGGCAGCAUUGCAAUUUACAGUGGAAUGAAGUCAAAGGUGGUGUCCAUACGCACAUAAAUUGUGAGGCUUAUGGAGCUGAAGUCUUUAGCUGCUAAGUUUUUUAGUCGCGGUGUAUGUGGGUUUAUCCAUAAUGGAUAUUGCAUGUUCUUUUGUGCAUACUUAUUGCUUUUCAAGCACAAAAUAUUUCAUGAUAAUUCUGAAAGCAGGAAAAUUUGUCGAUUCUCCUGCCAUCCUCAGCUUUACUUUCUAUUUUCCCCUCUCUCCUUUAACUACCUGCAAGCAGUUUGGCAUGCAGUAUUUUUUCACUGCCUUAUGUUUAAGUGAAUAUAUAAAACAUUGAUGAACUUGACUUUUAUCUGACAAGCUGUGGAAUUACAUGUGACUUUAUGAGUAUAAUCAUAGUAGUGGUAACAUAUGAUUGUGGGUUAUUCUUCUAACUUAAAGGUUAUUCUAACAUUUCAAGAAUUGCUGUAUUCUGCUGUAAAUAUGUAAGCCUACAUGAACUUGUUAUAAGUGAAUGUAAGUGUGUGUAGGAUCUAAGUGUUGUUUUGCUCACUGUCAUAUGAUCCUGAACUACUGUUUAUAAGCAUAUGUUGUUAUACAUAUCAUAGAACACACAUUGGCUAACAUCUUUACCAAAUCCUUCAAAUCACAAAAACACAAACAAAAUUCAGCUGAAGUUCGGUCAAAUUCAUGUAUUUUUGUAAGAAUUUAAAACAUCAUCAGAAUUUGUAAUCAUAACUCCGCCCUCUAACUUUAUCUUAAAGAGAAGGAUCUAACAAUAGUUCACCUUUAUCCGCAGAGUAACCUAUAUCCGUUAUUUUUUACAACGGGGAUCGACAGACAGAUGUAGUAUUUUGAAAAUAUUGCGAUUUAAAACCACCGUCUGUCAACCUUGACUACCCUGUUCAUUAAAACAUCGGAUAUAGGUAACCCCGCAAAAAAACUGGCACGAAUGGCAACCAUUCGACCCUCUUACUCAGUCACUGUACAUUAUAUAGUGCAUUUGAUGUGGUGUGAUUUGGACAACUAGUUUCAUUGCAAUGUAGUAGGAUGUCUAAAAGUCGUGUGAGGUGAUCUUAGAACGUCAGUUUUUAAUCUUAGAUGGGUGAUCACAGAUGUGUCAAUAAAGAUGGAUACCUAACCCCCAAA